UUUCAAUACUCUAAAUAAGAGAUAAGGCUUCUGCUUCUUUCAAGAUACAUCAGCGAGGUGUGUCUUUAGCUAAAACACUUUAUACUGAUUAGAUCAACCCUUUGAGUUUGAGGAUUGGCACUUUAUGGAAGAAUAGUCUGGAUAAUAAAAUAUUAAUUUUAGCCAUUGUCUAAUUCUUUUAAGAAACGUAUUAUGAGGAUUAGGUACCCAGAUCAAAUUUGUCAAUAAACCUUUUAUAUUCAAGAAUAGCAGUUAUACUUGAACCCCAGUUUAGUGUUUGAACCUGAAAGAAAAUAAAAAUCUGUUGUCUUCAUAAAUUAAUCAUAAAUAUCCGCAAAUAUAGAGUUUUCUUGGUCUUAAACAAACUCUAACAAAUCACAAUUAAUUUUAAAAUCAAUUGGAUACAAUAAAAUCUGUAAGAGAUUAUUUUUAUUCCCUCUCCGAAUUUUGCCAAAAUUGUAGAUUUGGAAAAUUAAACAUCAUUUAUGAGGAAACCUGAUGUGUCCAAAACGAUUCUCAUAUUUAUUUAGAAUGGCAGAGUCGAAAUGCGCCACUAAAAUUGUUUAUUCCCCUCCCCACAACUCAGAGAAGGAGAGAAUCUGGGAUUAUGAGAUCAAAGAAGAAGAAUUUGAUUAUUAUCAAGAUCAUUGAGAGAGAUGUCUCCAAACCAGAAGUUGUUCAACAAAGGGUUGCUUGUAAUGAACAAUGCCACCCACUACAGGCAAGAGAAAGACAAGACACCAGGAUCUUGGAAUUUUACCAAAGUCUCUGUAUGUGAAGAGUGAAAAACAAAAGAUGAGAUAAGGAAUCCUAAAAGAAUUGGUAUAUAUAAGAAAAUACCUAUCAAAUUUCUCAGCAUUAACCAGAUGCUGAUCAAGUUGCUAGUACAAUCCUCAAAUAAGGUAAAUCUUAUCAGGAUUAAUGAAGAAGAUUAAAUUGCUUUUGUAAUCUUAAAUAUCAAAAUUUCUUUGUGUUUCUUUUU